CUUCCUCAUUCACGCAGUAAAAAGUGAUCCUACUUAUCAUAUAUUCACUUCAUUCUUGCGUUCGAAAUGUUUGAAUUAUACAAUACAAAGCGUACAAAAAUGUUGAUAUCUGCUUUAAUUAUAAUGGAAAUUAUCAUUUCUGUUAAAUCAUGGCCAUGUGCAUUACCAAUCUCAAAAGCAUACAGUCAUGUAGACUCUGAUGCGGUUCUUCAGUUUUCUGCUGACCUGACAAAUCUAAAUUCACCGAGAAAGUUUGAGAUCAAAUUUUAUGAUGGUAGUACCAAGGCUCGUAUAACAUACAAUACAGACAAGACUUCAACACCUGAAGCGUUACCAGGUUUCAGUAUAACAGGAGGUUCUGAUGGAAAUGUUGUUGUUACACUGGCUAAUGUACAACAAAGCAAUGCUGGAAUUUACACAAUGACCGUUGCAGGAUUUCCUACAAAAUGUAACUGUCUGUAUAUACUAAGAACACCAAGAAAGCCCACAGUAACAGUUAAUAAAACUCCAUCAGUAGGAGAGAGUGUAACAUUAACAUGUAGCAGUACAUCAACAACCACACCAAGUAAUCAUAGUCUCAGUCUGACAUACUCCUGGAGAGUAGACAACACAGGCAAUCCAGGUGGCACGAAAUAUACAUACACUUCUAGAAAGGAUAAACUUACUGUAUCCAAAAUUGUAAAGGAAGAUGCCAAUAAACAGUUUACAUGUACAGCUACAGAAGUUGUCACUGGUGGAUAUACAUCUAGUAGAAGUGAUACACUCUCAUUUGAUGUUUAUUAUGGUCCAGAUAAUGUUGUGUUUAGUCCAAGUAAUACAAGCUAUGAGAAAGAUGAAAAUGAAAGUCUUAAUCAAGUAACUUGUACAGCAACCUGUUAUCCUACAUGUAGUUUUACGUGGACUAAGACAGAAACAGGAAGAGUUGUCAGUAACUCAGCUUUAUUAAACCUUGGGAGUCUUCAGAGUUCAGAUGUUGGAACAUACAGAUGUACUGCAACACGCACUGGUGGUUCAUCACAAAGCAAAGAUUUAACUGUGGAUGUAAUUUAUGGACCAUACCAGUCAUCAACUAAAUUAUCACCAACAACACAAAAUUACACCAAAAAUGAGGGACAGAGUCUAAAUGAUAUAACGUGUUCUGCUAACUGCUAUCCUGAUUGCACAUACACUUGGAGAAAGACAAGACAAGAGCAGACAACUACAGUCAGUAGUACAAGUGUUUUAUCUAUAGGGGAACUACACCGUGAAGAUGCAGGAUUGUACACUUGUAUAGCAAAAAAUCCUGAAAAAAUUUCAUCUCCAACAACAACAAUUCAAACUCUUGUCAACGUUAGAUAUGGACCAAAUACAGUCAGCUUAAACGUAACAUCACCAUAUGAUGUGUUAGAAGGAAAAUCUCUGAUAAUACAAUGUACGGCAGAAUGUUAUCCUGGAUGCUCCUACACAUGGGUUAAUGUUACAAGUGGUUUAAUGAUGAAUACAACAGGUGCUGUAAUGUAUAUCGGAACAGUAAACAAGUAUAUGACAGGAGAUUAUAAAUGCGAAGCUAGAAAUAAUGCUUCAAUCUAUGUGAAAUCUGCAGAUAUUGUUGUAACAAUUAAUAUUAAAGAACAAACGUUUUUGAAAUAUUUCUACAUUGGAAGUUAUAUCAAUACGACAGUUGUUACCGGUGGACGAGCUGGAAGUUUAGCAUAAUAUUUACAUGUACAGUCAGUGGGGAUCCUGCUGAAACAUCAAAAUAAC